AUGGAUGUUUAUUGGGAAUUGUCUGAUUUUGAUAUACAUACUCGUCAACAAGGUAUGGAGAAACUAUUAAAUUCUUUAAAAACAUGGUCAACAGAUGAGAACAAUGAUACGAAUUCAUCAUCUCAAAUCGAUUAUUCAAUAUCACGAUUAAUCAAAGGUCUAGUCUCCAACCGUAAAUGUGCUCGUAUUGGUUAUGCAGCAUCUCUUGGCACACUUGCACAUCUGAACGAUGAUCAAUUGAAAAUACCUUCAGUCGAUGAUUUCGUUUCACUAGUACAAAAUAAAUUAACAACAAAAAAAGAAGCUGGUGUUGAAGAUGCAAAAAACGUUCGUAUUGGUCGUGUACUUAGCUAUAUAGCCUUGGCUUAUACGCAAAAAGACAAUGAUCUAUCAAAGUUACUACCACAAAUCAUAUCAGAUUUGCUUUUAAUGCGUACACAAGAAACACGAAGACGAUUAAGAGCAUUUGUUGAUGCAUCAAUUGUUCAAUUAGCAAAAUGGAGUGGUCGUAAGUUGUUCAAAAACGAAAUUUUGCCUCAUAUUCAAGAACUCUUUCCAACAAAUUGGCAAAUCGGUGAUGAUGGAGCAAAAUCUUUAUUUUUACUGGUUUCAUUAAGUAAUCUUUAUCCUAAAUUAUUCGAUCAAAACUAUUUUAAAACAUAUUGGAAAGUUGAUAUGUUACCAUUAGGAAAAACAAAGGAUCAACAAAUAACAAUUAAAAAAUGUCUACAGUCUUUUGAUAAUGAACUUCAUUUACUUCAACAAUUAAGCCAAGAAUUACUUGUCUAUGCAGUACGUACUCAACAAUUAGCAUUGUUUUGGCCAGUACUAGUUGAUGAAUUAUCAAAUAUUGGAUUCGAUUCGAAUAAAGGACAUAUUUUACUCGAUUUAUUGACAUUUUGUUUUCAAGAUCAAGAAAUUUCGAGUUCUAUUUAUACGAUUGAAACGAUUCUUGAUAAUAGUUCAGAAUUAUUUACUAAAAUACUCGAUUUAUUAUCAUCAUCAGGCAGAAAAAUGCAUCAACCAGCAUCAAUUGUAUUAUCUAAAAAUGCUCUCGAGAAGCUUGCGCAUACAAUUGCUAGUCGACCACUACAAGAACGUUUACGUUUAUUUGAAAAAUUAUUAAAUUGUGCUAAUAAAAACUAUGCAUGCAUUAAUUCAGUAGCUAACGCUGUGUCAGAAAAGUUAACAAUCGAUGAACUAUCAGAUUAUGUUAAAUUUAUUAUUGGUUUAUUCUGUGACGUUUCGAAAGACGACGAAAAUGCUCUUCAUCGUCGUCGACAUUUCCUUCUUGAAAUGCUUUCAAAUUUAUGUAAUUGUUCAACAUUUGAUUUAAAAAACAGUUCAUGUGGUUUACUCUUCGAAAAUAUGCUUGGAAUAUGUGUUCUUCUAUCAAACUUUAAAUUAAAUAAUCAUAUACCAAAAGAAUUUCGUGAAUUUCUUCAUGGUAAUAUUGAAAUUUCCGAUGUAACACGAGAACAUAUUGAAGAUAUUACAUAUAAGUUUCUUAUGUAUGAAUUUCAUGAAAAUAAAUAUGAACACGGUUUCAAUGUAUUUCAAAAAUCAAUGAAUUGGCUUUCAUCGAUGAAACAUUAUACACCGCUAUUUAAAAAUGUUGAAGAAAUAAAAACAUAUUUGGAUGAGUAUAGUAAAGAAUUAUUUCAAACUAUUCAAGGAAAUAAAAUUCAAUCUUUGCCGGAUGAAAAACUUCGAUUGGCGUUUCAACAAGUAUUUGUUUUAAGUUUCUACGAUCUUUGUGUUGAUUUUAAUCGUGCUAAACAAUAUCUGGAUGAUUUGGUUACUUGUGUGAAAAACGCUCAUACUCAAAUUGUAUUGAAAAAGAAAAUUAAAGAGGAAUCAUCAUGGAUUGAAGUAUUUAUAGAUAUACUUCUAUCAAUGGAUACUAAGAAACAACAUGAUAUUCGAUCAAUAGUUAAAAAAAUUUAUCAUCAAAUAGCAUCUUAUGUUAGUGAAGAUGCAUUGAAAUUAAUGCUUCAAACAAUUACAAUAGAAAACGAAAGCGAUGACGAUGAUGAAGAUGAAGACGAUGAUGAAGACGGAGAUGAUGAAAAUGAAGAUGAAAGUAAUGAUGAACAAUCGGAUAUUGAUGAAGAUGACGAACUUCUUGAAAAUGGUGAUGUCAAUGAAGAUCUUCGAAAAGCUGUUGAAAAAGCACUUGGUGAUGCAGCUGUAAAAGAUGAUGAAGAAGAUGAUGUCGAUAUGGACGAUGAAGCUAUGCUGCGUUUAGAUCCACUCAUUGCUGAAGCAUUUCGAUCACAACUAAGAAAAUCAUCUAACAUUAAAAUAAUCAAUGAGAAACUUCAUCACCAAUUUCGUGUAUUGGAUCUUAUUGAAUCAGUUAUUAAAAAGGAUGAACGCAUGCGUUUUGUUUUAAUAAGCAUUCGCCCAUUGAUUGAAACAUUAACAAGUUUACCAAAUACAUCUGCCUAUAAAACAAUGAUUGAACGAAUUGAUUCCAUUUUAUGUCAUUUAUCAAAUCGAAAAAUUGGCCAUUCGGAUAUGCCAACAACUGAUGAAUGUAUGGAGCUAUUUCGUUAUUUGGCAUCAUUAGCUGGUAGCCGAGCAAAAUUGACUACUGACACAUUAUCAAAAAUAUCCAUGUUUGUCAUAAAAUUAUCCUUAAAUGUUGGUAAACUUGAAGAUCGAUUAGCCGGUGUAGAGGAAACAAUUUUGACUACGUAUGAAAGUGGAUUUCUUCGUUUUCUUCAACCGAAUACGCCAAAACAAAAGUCAGACAAGGUAAAGAAGAAAAAUAAGGAUGAUGAUGAUGACGAUGAACCAGCUGCUCAUCAAUCAGUUGUUCAUCCAACUAUUAUCAAAGAAUUCUUUUUACGUUUUCCUGAAUAUGGUACGCGUCUCAUGUUAUUGAUGGUACAAACAGCAUUGAAAGAAACUGUCAAUUGGAAAAAACGAAACAUCGUCUGUGGUACAUUGAACAAUUUCUUUAAUAAGAAACAGUUGGACCAUGCGGAUGAACAAUUAUUAAAAGCUACUAUCCACCUUCUAGUUAAGAUGUGCAAUGAUCCAAAAUCAUCCAAAAUUGAAUCGUUACAUGUUAUUACAGUAUUAACUCAAAAGUUAUUACUUAUUCGCAAUCCAACAUUAACUGAACAACAAGCAUCCGAACUACUUGCUGCUGUUUCAGUAGCAAUUAAAGUUAAACCAAUCCAUAGUGAUAAACAACGUAAACAACUUCUUAAUCUUAUACAAUCAUUUAAGAAAAGAUUUAGUUUAAAAAUCAAUGAAGAAAUCAUGAAUGUGUUGACAACGAAACGAAAGGCAUCAUCAAUUACAAUAACAAAUGCUGAAACAAAUAAUCAGCCUAAAAAAAUGAAAACAAAAAACCAAGAGAAUCUCUCCAAUGGAGACAACAAAGAGUCGAUAGUUGAUUGUCGUCAAAUACCAUUUCAAGGAAUUAAUGUUAAAACAUAA